CACUUUGUUCUCUUUUACAGUUUUAUAUUUUUUGUGCAAUCUUUUGUAUUGUUUUGUAGUGUUAUGGCUCCACCAAAAAAGAAAACUAAGGGGAAUGUGGUAACUGUAGAUUGCCGUAAUGAAGAGUUGAAAGAAAUGGAUGAAAAAUGCCAUAAUGAAGUUUCGAAGCACCCUCGUAAUGCAUGGAUAUUUUUCUACCAAGAACAAUGCAAGUUGAAGGAUAAUGAUCCGUUAAAGCCAAUGUCAAUGGAGGAAAUUUCUGAAAAGUGGAAAGCUUUAGGAGACCAUGCUAAGCGAAAGUACAAGAAAAAAUCUAUCAGGAGUAUCGAGAAAUACAAAGAGCACAAAAUUAAGCUUGAUCUUCCGAAGGGUCCGAAGAACACCUUUAUAUCAAGGACUCAACUUAAGGCGGCUUAUGAUAGGAUGCAAGAACUUGAUCCGCAUCAAGUAGAGAGUGUAAAAGCUAUAGGGUUUGGAGGUAUCUUACAACUGAAAUGUACGAAGUUAGAUCGAACUCUUUGUGAGUGGUUGGUGCAACAUUUCGAUCCUGUGUCUUUUUGCUUGCAUGUGCAUGGCAAAGAUAGCAUAAUUACACCACUAGAUGUGAACCACAUUUUAGGAUUGCCAUGUGGUGGCCAAAGGGUGAUCCUUGAAGGGGGAAUAUACCGAAAUUCAUAA